AUGGGGGAGUGGGAUGGGGAGGUUUGGAGAUGGGGAAAUUUGGGAAUUCAGGUUAUGAAUAACACUGUUUUGCAGGUUCAGAUUAUGGAGUUGCUGGAUUUUUUGAGAUCGGUCAGUCCAGAUAGAGGGAAGGAGGAUUCUGUUGUGUGGCAGGCGGCGGCGGAAGGGACCUAUUCGGUUAGUUCGGGUUAUGACCUAAUCACUGAACAACGAUUGGGCUCAAUUUACGAUCCGGCAAGAGAGAAGGUCUUGGGCCUGGUUUGGAAAGCUGCUGUUCCUUUCAGAUUCAAAGCCUUUGCUUGGAGAGUGAUUAUUAACAGGCUUCCUUCCAAAGACAUGUUAUCGAUUAGAGGUGUGUUUUUUGAAUCUUCCGACCGUAUGUGUGUUUAUUGUAAAGAGGAAGAGGAGACCCUGCAUCAUAUUUUGUUUGGUUGCAGGAUAGCUAAGGAAAUUUGGAGAUUUAUCUUAGGGUGGAUAGGAAUAGAUGUCGAUAUGGGUUAUAGUAUUUGGGAAAAUUAUCUUACUCUGUUUAAUGCUUUUAGAUCUAACAGAGUUAGGAAGGGAGCAGAAAGUCUAGUUUGGUUAGGGGUGUGUUGGUGUAUAUGGAGCAGGAGGAAUAUGGUGAUUUUCAGGUCGGAAAAAUGGGAUUUUUCUGAUAUAAUUUGGAGCAUUAAAGUUAUAGUUUGGAAGUGGUCGAAUUUUGGAGAAAUUAGGUUUGCCAAUUAA